GAAGAAGAGAUGGAAGAGGAAUUCAAGCUGUGGAAAGGCAUGUCAAUUUAUAGGGUUCCAUUGAGUCUAAAGAAGCUAUCGGAAAAAUCCUACCAGCCGCAGGUGGAUGGAGGAGCACAAGAAGCGUACUCUGCGAGUAUUCCUGGCUAGGUCCGAAAAGUCUCUCGAUGAGUGUGUGAAUGCAUUAACCCCUAUGUUGCAGGAUCUCAAGAAUGCCUACCAGCAGUUGCAGCCCAAGUUGAAGUGCGCUGACUUCCUCAAAAUGAUGGUCAUUGAUGGUUGCUUCAUAUUGGAGCUCUUCCGCAUCAAGGAGCUCUUGCUGACCUCCUCCAGUCACAAGGAGCCCCGCUAUGCACCCAACGAUCCAGUCUUCAGCAAAUAUGGACUCAUCUAUUUCGAGCCGCAUUUACAACGUGACUUGCUCAUGUUGGAGAAUCAGAUUCCUCUUCGGGUUCUCAUCAAAUUAGUUGAUGUUGCCGGGAAGGAUAAGUAUCCUGAUGUAACAGAUAGCAUUCUCAAGUUUUUUAGGCGGCCUGGCAAAAGCAGCAACGUCAAAUUCAAAAACAGCUUGCAUAUAUUGGAUGUUUACCGGAGGAGCUGGCUCUCGUUCAAGGAUAGCGGAAGUAAUGGGCCAGGUAGGUGCAGGAAAAUAGUGCGGGGAAUGUUAAAUGGAGAUUGUAUUUAUAGCAUCAUGAAGAAGAUGAAGAAGAAGAUGGAGAAGAAGAAGAAGAAGAAGAUGGAGAAGAUGAUGAUGAAGAAGAAGAAUGAUGAUGAUGAUGAAGAAGAAGAAUGAUGAUGAUGAUGAAGAGGAAGAGGAGGAGGAAUAUCACAUGCGGUCAGCAACAGACCUGGCGGAAGCCGGGAUCCAGUGUGUGAAAGGUAGGUCAUCUCAGCUGGAUCAGAUAUCAUUCGAUGGAGGAAAGCUGACGCUUCCGUCGAUAUUAGUGGACAGCUCCACCAAAACUAUUUAUCUAAACAUGAGGGCAUUUGAGUGGUUCCAUGUGAACAGGUGCGUGAAUGAGAAAGACAAAGACAAAGACAACUACAAAGAGGGAUUUCACGUGAUAGCGUAUGUGUUUUUCAUGGACAGAUUGAUCGACACCGCCAAAGACGUGAGCCUGUUGCACAAGCACCACAUCAUGCAGUACACGUUGGGCAGCGAUCAGAGUGUCGCAGAUAUUUUCAAUACAUUCUCGACGGACAUGAGUCUCGAUCCGGACAAUGAAUUGUUGAAGGUGCAAAAGAGAGUGGCCGAAUAUUACAGGAAUCCAGUGUCGGGGUGCAUAGCUUAUGCUAAGCGCAACUACUUCGCUAACACAUGGGUCACCCUAUCCAUCUUUGCGGCCAUUUUUCUCUUUGCCCUCACCAUUUCUCAGACUCUCUAUGCCGUCCUAGACUACCAUAAAUCCGAUGCCCCACCCCCACCGCCGGACUUCCAUAAACCAUAAAUAUCCCGUCUCCAUUAAUUGUGUGUUUUAACAAAUUGUUUGCCUCAUAUCUUUCACUCAUUUACAUGUCUCAUGCAUUUUUCUUUUCUGUAUUGUAAUGCGAGUUUAAUCUCUUCUUUAAUGGAGUAUCAUUC